AUUUGUGAUAUGCCGACUCCAAACGCGACCGUCGAUUCCCCAUUAAUAUCAACCGACUUGGUAGUAGCCUUGCCUAGAUCACACGCAGAACAGGUUACCGCAUGUCGAGAAUACCCGGGUGCUUAAUGAAAAUUUGAUAUGCAACACGUGUAGCAUGUAGAGGGUGCAAAUACGGAACUAAGAUACGUGGUCAGUUGCUGGAGAAAUUCAGAUUGAAACAUACAUUGUCCGGCAAAAGGUCUAUAACAGAGAGGGAAGAUGGAUGACCCCAGAUGAAAGGAUUAAGGGAACGUCUGAAUAAUGGAAAAGAUAUCAUAGUGGCGGAAGGAUAUCUAAUGGAGCUAGAAAGGCGAGGAUAUUUGCAGGCUGGAGCUUUUAUUCCAGAAGUCGUUUUAGAACACCCUGAAGUUGUUAAAGGUCUUCAUGAAGAAUUCGUACAUGCCGGAAGUGACGUUGUCGUUGCCUUUACCUAUUAUGGUCACCGAGCAAAACUGAAAAUUAUCGGUCGUGAGGACGAUUUGAUGGAACUGAAUGUCCGCGCCCUGAAAAUGGCUAAGGAAGUGGCGGUUAAGACGGGGACCUUGAUGGCGGGAGACAUCUGUAACACCACCAUCUUUCGUCGAGACGACCCCAAAUCUAUUGAGGAGGUCCGAGAGAUGUUUCGGGAACAGAUCGAAUGGGCAGUGCAGUGUGGUGCUGAUUACAUCAUAGCAGAGCGGUAUGAUGAGUUUGCUGAGGCAAUGCUGGCACUAGAGUGUAUCAAAGAGUACGGCAAUGGACUGCCUGCAGUUGUCACUCUGACACCACAAGCAAAAGACGAAACCAAAGACGGGUUAACUUAUCCGGAGGCAUGUAAAAAGCUGGAGGAUGCCGGGGCAGCUGUGGUUGGACUGAACUGUUUAAGAGGACCUGUAACAAUGCUUCCUUUACUGAGAGAGAUCCGAAAAGUGUGCAAGGGACCUAUUGCUGCUCUCCCUGUUCCAUUUCGAACUACUCCAGAAGAACCAACAAUGGAGUUAUUGAUAGAUCCAGACACGGACAAUCCCGCAUUCCCCGUUGAUCUCCCUAGAUUUUUCUGCAGUAGAAGUCAGGUGGCUGAUUUUGCGAGACAGGCCAGAGAAAUCGGCGUGCAGUAUAUUGGUCUUUGUUGCGGCAGUGCUUCGCACUACAUUCGCUUGGUAGCGGAGGAAUACAACAGACGUCCCCCAGCCAGCAAAUAUGCACCAGAUAUGUCAAAGCACUACAAAUUUGGAAAGAAAACGUUUUUGGAGAAGCAUCACGCUGGUGUUCAUGAUGUGUAAUAUCAUUGGACUAAUUAACAUUUCCAGUCGGUUGAUGAUUGUUGUUGUACUAAUUAACAUUUCCAGUCGGUUGAUGAUUGUUGUUGUACUAAUUAACAAUUCCAGUCGGUUGUUGAUUGUUGUUGUAUUAAUUAACAAUCCCAGUCGGUUGUUGAUUGUUGUUGUAUCAAUUAACAAUUCCAGUCGGUAGUUAAUUGUUGAUGUACUGAUUUUGAUUAAGUGUUUGUUUAUUCCGAUUUUAAUAUUCAUAUUGAAUUUUUAUCCUUACCAAAUCGGAAUAAUGAUAUUACUAAUGAAUAAUAAAUCAAAGCAAAUAUACCCCCUCUUGUUGAUAUCAAAAUGUGACAGUAAGGAACAUGUCAAACGAAUUUCAACAUGGAAAUAAAUGAAUUUCGACGAUGUU